GUCAGUGCAAUAAUCAAAGGACUCAAACCCAUGUUUUUCUUUACCAUAUGCAAUCAAUAAUACGAGUAAUAACUAUUAUUGCAUCAUCUACCAUUCAUAUAUUAAACCAUUUCUUUAAAUUUAUUGUUGCAGAACGUUAAUGUGUAGCACCAGCACCACAAAAAGAGCUUGCAGUACUCAGGAAAGGAACUACAAAAUGACAGGGAAGAAAGAUGAGAAGAUGGGGCUACCGAACAACGCAAACACUGCUAUGAAUAACAUGACUAUCUCAGAUUCUAAAAAUUCUGAAAACCAUAAACAACCCCAACUAGUUACUAUCCUAAAAGCUUUAGCCCAACAAAAAGUGGCCACUUUCCAGUUUCCUGGCCACAACAGGGGCCGGGCAGCACCAUCAUCGUUGUCUGAUGUGAUUGGAGUACAGCCUUUCCUUCAUGACAUUUCUAUGCCUCCAGAGAUUGGGAGCCUAUUUGCACUUGAAGGCCCGAUUUGGAAUGCACAAAAGAAAGCAGCUGAGUUGUUUGGAGCUACGCAAACAUGGUUCCUUGUUGGCGGUACAACGUGUGGGAUUCAAGCGUCAAUAAUGGCUACUUGUUCACCUGGAGAUAUCUUAAUUCUUCCACGAAACGCUCACAAAUCAACAUUUUCUUCUAUGGUAUUGUCUGGGGCUAUACCAAAAUACAUCACCUCGGAAUAUGAUUCUGACUGGGACAUUGUUGGUAGCAUCACUCCUUCACAAGUGGAGGAAGCAAUCCAAGAAUUAGAUGAUCAAGGUCUAAAAGCAUCAGCGAUUCUUAUCACAUCUCCAACUUAUCACGGUAUCUGCAGCAAUCUCGAAAAGAUUUCCUUGUUAUGUCAUUCUCACAACAUUCCCAUCAUUGUGGAUGAGGCUCACGGCGCACACUUAGGAUUUCAUGAAAAAUUUCCGCAGUCAGCUCUGAACCAAGGGGUUGACAUUUCUAUACAGUCAACGCACAAGAUAUUAAGCUCUCUUACCCAAUCAUCCAUGCUACACAUGUCAGGAAAGCUCGUGGAUAGAGAACGACUAUGUCAAUGCCUACAAAGCCUUCAAAGCACAAGUGCAAGUUAUCUACUUUUAGCUUCUUUAGAUGCUGCAAGGGCUCAAUUAAGCGGUAACCCAAAAACCAUCUUCAAUAAAGCAGUUGAAAUAGCCAUGGAAGCAAAGAAUUUUAUAGAAAAGAUUCCUGGAAUUACCGUCCUAAAUUGUGAUGAUCCUUUAAGAAUUACAAUAGGGGUGUGGAAGCUUGGUAUUUCUGGCUUUGUAGCUAAUGAAAUAUUAUAUGAAGAGGGAGUGAUUGCAGAGCUUUCGGGUACCCGUUCUCUUACUUUUGCAAUAAAUCUAGGUACCACUAGAGAUGAUGUUAUGAGGCUCGUGUCGGGUUUAAGGCAUAUAUCAGAGACUUACGACUCUUUAAUUCGUGCAAAUGAAAAAGGAUCAAAUGAUGUACAUAUAAAAGCUUUUCUUGGAACCACUGCUACUAGUGGUAUGAUAUUGAGCCCUCGAGAAGCUUUCUUUGCUAGUAAAACAAGCGUGAGUUGCAAAGAUGGUAUCGGGAAAGUUUGUGGGGAGUUAGUAUGUCCAUAUCCACCUGGAAUUCCGCUACUUAUACCCGGGGAAGUGAUUACCGAAGAAGCAUUAAGUUAUGUGGUUGAAGUAUUACAGAACGGUGGUUUUGUUAGUGGAGCUGCUGAUCCUGGUCUUUCCACUAUUGUUAUUUGCGUUAAUCCGGCAUGAGUUACAGCGACGUUCGUAAUUUUCUUGGAGAACCUAUUCAAUUAUGAUUUGGGUAAACAUUUUUUUAUCCAUAACGGGUUAAAUUAACUCUUAAAAUAAAAGAUAAUAAGGUAAAAAGGAGAUUGGUACUUUCACUGGAA